CUCUUGACUGCUGACACAAUUCCCAAGGGGCCUCCAUUUACACGCUUGCAAGAGCUGUCAUUAGGUAUAGACUUUGGAAAUCUGUCUCAGACCACUUGCGCUCUACAGUUGAUUAAAAGUUGCCCCAAUUUGAGUAAACUUCAGAUUUGGGGAUGUGCUUCCAGAGACAGUGCUGAAGCAGUUUUGAAAUAUCUGAAGAGACCAAUUACCUGCUUGGACCUACGACUCAAUGAGCUCAAAUAUGUGGGGAUUAGUUCUCAUGAGUGCUCAAAAACUGAAUUGCUUUUUGUAAAACUAUUGUUUGCUUGCACUCCAUCUUUGGUAAGGAUGUGCUAUGAGCAGCAAAAACCAUUUGAUUCCAGCGAUGAAAGGAAACUCACCAGAAAAUUGAUGUGUUUCUCCAGAGCUUUUCCUUCCAUUUUUCGGAUUAGGAGAUUAAGAACAACAACGUGCGUUGCAUAUAUAAUGGUAUGAAUUUAGUAUAUGUGUGUACAAACAUUUUAUUGUGAUAUUUUUGUAUUUUGGACUAUUUCUCUCCUAUUUGUUCCUUUUCUUGUAGUUUGGAGAAUAAUGUUAGUAUAUGGAUAUAAAAUUUAGCCACUUCAACCCACCGGAAGUGAAGUGAGCCUUCACCAAA